AUGAACAAUAAGGGAAAUGAAGCUAAAACUAAUUAUUUUUAUAAGAUAUUAAAGACGAUACGUGAAUAUAUUAUUCAACAACUAAAUGAUUUAUUGAGAUGGUUAUUUGGAGAAAUGAUUCAAAAUGAAUGUAUUGAAAAUAAUAUUGAAAUAUUUGAUGAUGAAGAUAUACUAGAUCUUGAUUGUAUACCUCGUGGAUCAGAAAAAUUUUUAAACCAAUAUGAUCAAGAUGAAUUAGCCGACAAAAUGUUAAAAUAUAAAGUUAAAUAUGGUCCAAAUUCAGGAAGUUCUAUUAAAGAAGUUUUAGAAAGAAAAGGUAUUAAUAAUCUCAAAAUUGAGUUUGAUACAUCUGAUUAUUAUGUUCACAAAGCACAACUAUUUAAUGAAAAAAAAGAUUCAAAUCAUUUGAUUGGACAAUUAUUUCUUCGGGUUAAUAAUAAAUUUAAUAUCGUUAAUUGUAAACGAGUUGUAAUGCCUAAUUUUUUUGAAAAUGCAUUUAAAGAAGGUGUUUAUUUUAUGGAACAGAAGUUAUCAAAAACUGAAUUAAAUUUAACAAUUAUUGAAUGGUUACGAUUACAAGACUAUAGAAUAGAACCAAAAGAUGGAACUUUAAUGCUUCCAGGUCAAAUUCAUCCUGGUUUAGGUAUUGGUCAUGAAAUUGAAGAGAUGUUAAUGGAUUUUAUUUCUCGGAAAGGAAGAGAUGGACCAUUGAAUACACCUGAACAUUGGUACAAUGCUUAUCUUUAUUAUAUGCGAUCUCAUUUUCACUUUUUAAAUCCUGCAUUCGAAGGGCUUUUUCGUUCAAUCAAUGCAAGUAUAAAAAAAGAUAUUGAAGAACAUAGACUAACAGGAGUAGCAUGGGCUAUUGCACAAGGGAAACUCUAUCACAGACCAACAAAGGAACAAAUUAUUUGGGUAGCUUUAGAACAAGUUUAUCCAUUAUCUCGUCGAAUGAAAAAUUAUUUUGGUCAAGAAUAUACAGAAAUAGUAAUGAGAAAUUAUCAUCCAAAAGAUUACUUCAUUGAUUGGGAUGAUACAUUGACUAAGUAA